UCUGAGAGUAUUGAAUUAGGGAUGCUGCGAUGUGAUUUAUAUUUUUUGACAGCAUAUUCAGCUUGUUUGCAAUUUAGACUAUACUUGCCACCCAUACUAAGGGAUAUGGGACAAUCCCCAAUCCCAUUGGUUGAAGGACUUGAUGAAACAUUUAACCGAAUUGCUUUAUCAAUUACCAAUGGAAAUGAUCUUUUUGGACAAGAUGAUAAUCUUGAAGAUGUUAGUCAUCUUGAUGAUAAUUGUGAUGAAGAGGUUAUAAAUUUGGAUGGUGUUAAUGAUAGCCAUUUAAUUAUUACUGAAAGCAUUGAUUUGAAUUCAAGUUUAUUGUCUAAUAAUAAUAUUUUAUCAAAUGAAAUUUAUGAAGAAAAUGAUAUUGAUCAUGGAGAUACAAAUUUUGACAUUGAUGAAUUGUUAGAUAAUCAUAAUUUGGAACAAUGA